AAGCAAGUGAGCAGACGCCGGAAUCGUGAGCGAAAAGGGGGUAACCGCAAAAGGUUCUUCGCAAUAUGACUUUUAAGCGAAGGAAUGGCGGACGCAACAAGCAUGGUCGUGGUCAUGUCAAGUUCAUUCGCUGCUCCAACUGCGGCAAGUGUUGCCCAAAGGACAAGGCUAUCAAGAGAUUCCUUGUGAGGAACAUAGUGGAGCAAGCCGCGGUUAGGGAUGUUCAAGAAGCCUGCGCAUUUGACCAGUACACCCUUCCCAAGUUGUACGUGAAGAUGCAGUACUGUGUUUCUUGUGCAAUUCACUCCAAAGUUGUUAGAGUCCGAUCUCGGACUGAUAGGAGGAACCGUGAGCCUCCAAAGCGAUUCAGUCGCCCUAGGGACGAUCUCCCUAAGCCAGGUCAAGCACCCCGCCCAGGUGGUGCCACCGGUCCUCCUCCUGUGCGUACUUAAGGAUAAUCCUUGGAUCAUUGUACCGUCUGAUUCCAAGAUAUUUUUGAAUCUUGUGUUCUAUAUAUACUUUCUAGGUUUUGGCCUUUUCGUCGACAAGAUUCUGUUCUGCGUUUCAUAUUGUUAACAAAUUUCGAACUUGAAUGCUAUGCAAGCUCUUUUCGUUUUGUUUUU